AUGACUGUUACUGACACUUUUAAACUGUUUAUUUUAAGGCAUGGUCAAAGUGAAUUAAACUCAGAAAACAUAUUCUGCGGAUGGAUUGAUGCUCAAUUAACGGAAAAAGGGAAGUCUCAGGCCCGCCACUCUGCAAAAUUGAUCAAGCAGUUUUGCGAUUCUAACAAUAUCUCUUUGCCUCAGAUUGGCUAUACUUCAAGGUUGAUUCGAACUCAGCAGACCAUGGACGUUAUUCUCGAAGAGUUGGGACUAAAACACACCAAUUAUGUAAUUACUACGAAUACAAACAUUAAGGAGGAGCUGCAGGACACAAGAUUUGAAGGAAGUAUGCCUGUGUUGCAAACCUGGAGGUUAAAUGAGCGUCAUUACGGCGCAUGGCAAGGACAAAGAAAGCCAGAUAUCUUGAAAGAAUACGGUAAGGAAAAAUACAUGUAUAUCAGAAGAGAUUACAACGGAAAACCCCCUAAAGUCAACCUAAACCUGGAAAUGGUCCAAGAGGAAAAUGAUCAGGGGUCCUCCACAGGCUAUGAUUUUAAGGAGCCCAAUAGACACUUAAAAUACGGCCCCGAAGAGAAGGCUAAUGAGCGUCUGCCAGAAAGUGAGUCUCUUUGUGAAGUGGUCGUCAGAUUGAAACCAUUUUUAAAUAAUGUUGUUCUGUCUACCGCCAACAAAAUCAGUCAAGAAUCGUGUGUUAUAGUUGGGCAUGGCAGCUCUGUAAGAUCUCUGCUGAAAGUAUUGGAAGGUAUCUCAGAUGAAGACAUCAAAGAUGUCGAUAUUCCCAACGGCAUUCCGCUAGUUAUAGAGUUGGAUAGAGACAAUUACUCUUUUGUGAGGAAAUUUUACUUGGAUCCAGAAUCAGCUAAAGUUAAUGCUCAAAUGGUUCGUGAUGAGGGUUUCGAAAAGAAUCCAUGA